CGCGUGCCCAAACCGCUCCGCAUCUCAGUUGCGAAUCGAAGCCCAACGUGGACAUACGUGCGAUCAGCUCAUAGCAAAACAAGAUGUAUCGCGGACUUUUUGUUAUUUUAGCCAUCGGCGGCUCGCAAGCAGCUAACGCCGCAUCUGCAAAGAAAACUACAGAAUACGUGCCUAUAAAGUAUCCAGGCCCGAUCCAGCAAAUAGAAACCAAAUAUGGAACGGAUGAAGACCAUGUGCCCGAACAAUGCAAGAACAAAAACUUCUGUACAAUAAAACCAGCUGAUUACCCUCAAGAGCAGUUCAACGCGAUGUUUAAAGGAACGGCCGUACGUCGUACUCGAGAUCUCAAAACUGAAGAGUGGACAGUACCGACAUGUGACCGUCGACUCCAGCCUUUAGAACCAACUGACGACCAGAAAACCCUACCGCCGCCCACUCUCUUCAUAGAAGCUUAUGGUGAUAGACAAGGGGACCCAGACGCGUUCGACAAUUGCGACACCGAGGUCACGUACGAGCCGUUGUACAAAGUACGCAGCGCAAGAGGCCAGUGGCACACAGUAAUCCAAGCGCCUGAGGAGAAUUACAUCCAGAAGGUCCGGUUAGAGACUUGCAAGGAGGUGGAGAGCUCUUGCUUCACAGCUGUGUCAUCCCUCGUGCCAACAAUUACUACGUUCUGCAAACAGAAAUACAGCGUAUGGCAAGUCCUUGUAUCGGACGGCAACAACGGUACAGAGCCAAUCAAGGUGGAACUUCCUAUAUGCUGUUCUUGUCAUUAUAAAAUGAACGAUAACAAGUAAACGCGGACUUUAUUAACCGGAGGAACGUCAGAGCGCUUUUGUUCUUCAUUCAAAUGAACGCGCCAUUAGUUUGACGUCAAACUGACGGAUCGUUUCAUGUCAAUGUGACAACUGGCUAAUGUCAUAUUGACUGUAAAUUAGGCCCGCGCGAGAGUGGCGGCUUUUUGGAAACGCUUUGUUUAUAGAAUGUCAUUCAAAUGUUAAAAGAUUUUUCUUUAGUGUUUAUUUGUACAAAGUAUUUUAAUGAAUGUAUAUUGUUUUGUAUACCUAUAUUUGAUGAAGCGGGAAAAAAAUCAAAAAUAAGUUUAUUUUAAACAUCACGAAAUAGUGGAUACUAUCAAUAUUGGUAUUAUUAUUUUGAGAAUUUUAUUAUAAUAAUAUGUUCUUGAUUAUUCAAGCAUUAUGCAUUGUAUUAAAUUAUAUUGCUAUUAAUUGUAUAACUGGUACACGAAAUCAAUUAGGUACUUAAUAAGACUUUGUAAAUAUUUUUUUUCCCUUAACUUAUGCUUAUUGUAAAAGGCAAAAUAAAUAUUAUUUUUAAGAAUUA